GCAGCCCCCGCGCGCCGCCAUCUCCACCGCUGGGCGCCCAUCCAGCGGGCCAGGCCUUGCCCCCGCGCUUGACUCCCACUCCGGCCACCGCGCGGGGACCUGGCCUCCGCUCCUUCUUCCCGUCUCGCGGGCGGACUACCCGCCACUCGCCUUAUUAGCGCCUCCCUCGCCGACCGCGUGCCUCUUCUCCCGUCUCCUCCGCGCUCUCUCUCUCUCUGGCCACAACCGCCCGCUGGUUUUCUUCUCCACACUACGCAACGCGGAAACUUCCAGAAGCCAACACCUUUCUUCUUCCUUCCGUCCUUCGUUUCUGUCCUUCCUCGCCGGCCGAUAGGGGCGCGACGGUGUCGCCGGCCCGGAUCUGCGCGGGCGGCGGCGCCAUGGCCGCCGAGCAGGUCGCCGCCGCCACGGGGGGCGAGCCGCCCCCGGCCACGCCGCAGCCGGCGGAGGGCGUGACGGCGGCGGCCGCGGGGCAGAGGUCGGUGCCCACCCCGUUCCUCUCCAAGACGUACCAGCUGGUGGACGACCCGGCGGUCGACGACGUCAUCUCGUGGAACGACGACGGCUCUGCCUUCGUCGUGUGGCGCCCCGCCGAGUUCGCGCGCGACCUCCUGCCCAAGUACUUCAAGCACAACAACUUCUCCAGCUUCGUGCGGCAGCUCAACACCUACGGGUUCAGGAAGAUCGUGCCGGACCGGUGGGAGUUCGCCAACGACUGCUUCCGGCGAGGGGAGAAGCGGCUGCUCUGCGACAUACACCGCCGGAAGGUGACGCAGGCCGCGGGGGCGACGGUCACGGUGGCCGCCGCGGCCGUCCCGAUGGCGCUGCCCGUGGGGUCGCCGGUGUACUCGGGCGACGAGCAGGUGCUGUCGUCGAGCUCGUCCCCGGAGCCCCCGCCGCAGGCGGCGUCCGGGUCGGGCUCCGGCGGGGAGGCCUCCGGCGGCGACGCGGGCGAGGAAAAUGACCGCCUGCGCCGCGAGAACGCGCGCCUCGCGCGGGAGCUCGGCCAGAUGAAGAAGCUCUGCAACAACAUCCUCCUCCUCAUGUCCAAGUACGCCGCCACCCAGCAGCUCGACGCCGCCGCGCAGCAGCUCGACGCCGCCAAGGCCACCGCGGCGGCGGCCGGGAACUGCUCCGGCGAGUCGUCGGAGGCCGCGGCGACGCCCCCGCCGCUGCCGUCGGUGCUGGAGCUCCUCCCGUCGUGCCGCGCCGGCCCCGCGCCCGCGGCCGCCGAGGAGCCGCCCGAGGCGGCGGCGGGGACGGCGCGCGGGGACGAUGACGACGAUAACAAGGCCGGCGCGAGGCUGUUCGGCGUCUCCAUCGGGCGGAAGCGCGCGCGCGACCACGCCAGCAACGGCGACGCCGGCGGAGCGGAGGACCCCGUCAGCCGAGGCGCAGCGGCGGCAGCGGAGGUGAAGGCGGAGCCGGUGGACGCACAGGCCGAGCACCGCCUCCAGCACCAGCAGCUGCCGCAGCUCAGGGAUGAUCAUCACGGUGCGACGGAGCCGCAGGCGUGGCCCAUCUACCGGCCCAGGCCCGUGUACCACCCGCUCCGGGCCUGCAACGGGUCGGCGGGCAGCGCCGGGACCGGGGGCGACCACGACGGGUCCAACUCCACCAGGUGACGCCGCGGCGGCGUUUUCCUCGUCUCGUCGUCGUCCCGUGCAAGCAAGCAGCCAUUGCCGCCGGCGUUUGCAGUAAAUUACUACUGAUGCUAGUUUACCGUGAUGGAUGGACAUCUCAUACAAGUACAACAGGAGGUAACAGGAAAAGAGAGAUCUGAUCUGAUCAGCUUGGGAUUUUACUGACCCCAUGUAAAACUCAAGUGCUUCUUUCUGUAGCAGCUGCUUGCUAGUUUUCAUUCAUGUCACUGUAGCAUCUAUGUAUAGCAAGGCCACAUGAACAAACCUAGAGAUUAACUUAUGGAUCAGGGUACAUUUUCUGCUGC